AUGCUUUCAAUGCGGACAACACUGGCAAGUAGCGUUACGUCAAUACUCGCUGCCCCACUCACUAUUUUUGCCCGUCAAGGUAGUGAGUGGAAGCAGACGGAGACUCUGGCUGAACACGACAAACUUAUUACCUCGAUUGACUGGGCUCCCAAGUCCAACCGCAUUGUCACUUCUGCUCAGGACAGAAAUGCCUAUGUUUGGCAGCAGAGUCCCGACUCACAGACGGGACGUAUGAUCUGGAAGCCGACUCUAGUGCUGCUAAGGAUCAAUCGAGCUGCCACUCAUGUGCGAUGGAGUCCGAACGAAGAUAAAUUCGCAGUCGCCAGUGGUGCACGUGCUAUCGCCAUCUGCUCUUUUGACCCUGAGGGUGACUGGUGGGUCUCCAGGCUACUCAAGAAGCCCAUCAGAUCGACUGUACUCGCUGUGGACUGGCAUCCGAACAACGUGUUACUCGCUGCUGGUAGUGCCGACAUGAAGGCACGCGUAUUUUCCGCGUAUAUCAAGGACGUUGAUAAAAGGCCAGCAGCGAGUGUUUGGGGAGAGAAGCUCCCAUUCAACACCAUCUGUGGCGAGUACACUAGCCCCACUGGUGGUUGGGUACACGCAGUCGGAUUCUCUCCCUCCGGAGAUGUCCUCGCAUUUGCAAGCCACGACAGUUCUAUCACCGUCGUCUAUCCCGGUGGCCCUGCAAGCUUUACGAUUAAGCUCCCCAGCCUCCCAUUGCUGACCUUGACCUGGACGAACGAGAACUCACUUAUCGCAGCGGGUCAUGACUUCUGGAUGAUCCAAACGCCGCCAAAUCCUCGGGUAGCUCCCGCUCCGGCUUUGCUAGUGCGUCUCCCGUAG